GUCUGCAGGAAGUUCAUCUUCUGGGGAGGCUGACCACAAGCAAAACCAAGUCAAUAUGUAAAGUACCAGGACGGGAGAGGGACCUAGCAAUGUGUACAGAAAAGAAAAUCCACCAAGAAGCAGAGGAGAAAAGCCUGAGCCCUGGGGUCUGAGGUGAGUGGGGCCAGCGGCUGCGACCGUCGCCUGCGUCCGCGGGGACAUGGCUCACCUCCGGGGCUUCGCGCACCAGCACUCUCGUGUGGACCCAGAGGAGCUCUUCACCAAGCUUGACCGCAUUGGGAAGGGCUCAUUUGGGGAGGUGUACAAGGGUAUCGACAACCACACCAAGGAGGUGGUGGCCAUCAAGAUCAUAGACCUGGAGGAGGCCGAGGAUGAGAUCGAGGACAUCCAGCAGGAGAUUACUGUGCUCAGCCAGUGCGACAGUCCUUAUAUCACCCGCUACUUUGGCUCCUACCUAAAGAGCACCAAGCUAUGGAUUAUCAUGGAGUACUUGGGCGGUGGCUCUGCAUUGGACUUGCUGAAGCCAGGCCCCUUGGAGGAGACCUAUAUUGCCACCAUCCUGCGGGAGAUCCUGAAGGGCCUGGAUUAUCUGCACUCGGAGCGCAAGAUCCACCGAGACAUCAAAGGUCCUACAGCUGCCAACGUGCUGCUCUCGGAGCAGGGUGAUGUGAAGCUGGCGGACUUUGGGGUGGCAGGGCAGCUCACAGACACACAGAUCAAGAGGAAUACAUUUGUGGGCACCCCCUUCUGGAUGGCACCUGAAGUUAUCAAGCAGUCAGCCUAUGACUUCAAGGCUGAUAUCUGGUCCCUGGGCAUCACAGCAAUCGAGCUGGCCAAGGGGGAGCCACCAAACUCUGACCUCCAUCCUAUGCGUGUCCUGUUCCUGAUUCCCAAAAACAACCCACCUACACUGGAGGGCCACCACAGCAAGCCUUUUAAGGAGUUUGUGGAGGCCUGCCUCAACAAGGACCCCCGAUUCCGGCCCACUGCCAAGGAGCUCCUGAAGCACAAGUUUAUCACACGCUACACCAAGAAGACCUCCUUUCUUACUGAGCUUAUUGACCGCUACAAGCGCUGGAAGUCGGAGGGGCACGGCGAGGAGUCCAGCUCUGAGGACUCUGACAUUGAUGGCGAGGCUGAGGAUGGGGAACAGGGCCCCAUCUGGACGUUUCCCCCAACCAUCCGGCCAAGUCCGCAUAGCAAGCUGCACAAGGGGACAGCCCUCCUCGGCUCACAGAAGCCUGCUGAGCCUGCCAAGAGACAGCCAAGGUCCCAGUGUUUAUCCACGCUUGUCCGGCCUGUCUUUGGAGAGCUCAAAGAGAAGCACAAACAGAGUGGUGGGAGUGUGGUUGCCCUGGAGGAGCUAGAGAAUGCCUUCAGCCUGGCUGAAGAGUCCUGCCCCGGCAUCUCGGACAAGCUGAUGGUGCACCUGGUGGAGCGUGUGCAAAGGUUCUCACACAACAGGAACCACCUGACAUCCACCCGCUGAGCACAUUGCUCUCCAUAGAGAGAAAGGUGCUUUUUGUUUUGAGCUCCAAAAGGACUGAUGUGGAUGCCCAUUUGUACUGUGCUGUGACUUCAAGGAUAGGCUGGCCUCUAGACCUCACAAGCCAGGUCACUUUCUUUCCUCCCUUCAUAGUGUGCUGUCCCACACAGCAGCCACUCCACACCUGUUUCCACUGCCUGCUGGUCUGGCUGAAGCCAUGUCGUGUAGCAAGAAGCCCCUGGAAAACCAGGCAGCCACUUAAGGGCUGGCCUAGCCAUCUCAAACUUUCUCCAGCAGCUGGUCCAGCCCUUUGGACUUAUGGGGCCCUGCAGCUGCCAGACCAAGGAGCAGAGAAACUAUUGGACAGCUUUGGCUCCUCCCCUGCUCCAGGGAUGUCAUCCUAGGGGCCCAUAGUGACCCAGAUGGUCAUAAUUUUUUAUGCCUUGUGGUGUCAGAUCAGGUACCAUGUGUUCUCAAGUCAUCCAGUAUGUUUUGGUUUUAAGAAUGAACUUGUUACUUGUUUUGAGGGUAAGUUGUUAAUUUUCAUAAGAGCAUUGAAGGCCUCACCACUUUCAAUAAAGACCUGGAUUGGAGACA